AUGGUUAACCUCAACAAGGUACCUGCGUUCCUGACAGAUGCGAACCACCCGAUUGGCUCAGUGGUUCUCGGGUUGCGCGAGUUUUUCUUCGACUCGGUCCGUCUGGUGCGUCGCUGCACGAAGCCGGAUGCCCGCGAGUUCCGCAAGAUUGCGUACGCCUGCGCGAUCGGCUUCCUUCUCAUGGGUUUCAUCGGCUACUUCAUCAAGCUCAUCUUCAUCCCCAUCAAUAACAUCCUCGUUGGACCCCCGGCAUAA